UCCUUCCUUUAUCCUUGACGAGGCAAGGCUGUCAUGUAAUGAAUGCAAUAACCUCAAAAUCAAUAUCAGAAUAGUUUGCAUUCCAAUCAAACAUUCAUUACCCUCUACUCAAUCUAUUGUGAAGCAAUAGAUUAAUGCUUCGCAUACUUCGCCCCGCUGUUUCCCGGCGACAUCUAUCUUCCAUCAUGACGUCCAAAACUCCCUAUGAAGAUAUUAUACGCACUCGAGUGAGUAUCUUCCCUCCAAACACUACUUCACGCCGCCACUAACAUAUUACCUAGCUAACGGAAGAGUUCAAACCUACCCGUCUUGAAAUAUUCAAUGAUUCAUCCAAACACUCACAUCACAAAGCUAUGGCUGGUUCUACAUCCCACGAAACACAUUUCCGAGUCGAGGUCACCUCGGAAGCUUUUGCCAAAAAGAUGCAACCUGCAAGACAUAGAAUGGUGUAUGCCCUGUUGAAGGAGGAAAUGGCGAGAGAAGGUGGAAUUCAUGCUUUACAAUUAAAGACAAGGACACCCGACGAAGAGGCCCGGGAAGAGGCCCGGGAGAAGGCGAAGGAGGAAGGAGAGGUUGUUGCUGAAGCGAGUGGGCCUUAGGAAUGGCAUUCGACAUUCUAUCUGACGAUUGAGAUGCCCUCUUCGAAAUUUAUUACAAGACGGAACAUUGGAUGACCGAAUGAGAUGACUUGUAAAGCCUAGUCUAUGUACUUAUGCUAUUAGUUGGAGGUUGUUGGAGUUAAGGCAGAUCUGCGAAUACACAGCGGACAUGUUGAGCGAAUACUUGCAGCGAUAAUUUUACAAAAAUUGCAUAUACCCAGACCAUUUCC